UUGCACUAACAGGCUGACUUCAAAUAGCUGACUGCCCCCCCCUCUCUCUCUCGGCUCUAUGUUAUCCUGACAACCUUGGCUCUCGGAGCUGAACAUUUCUAGUGAGCGGGAUUGCACAAGUUUUUUCUCAGAAUUCUGGCAUUGGUCAAGAAAGUGACCUAACUAUAGACUCCUUUGUCCCCACGUGGAACCUGAUGGCUAUUUAGUUCGGAAAUCUGACAUUAGAAAGUGUAUAAAUAACUGGACCAUUUAAACCAACGUAAAGAGCAGAGUACAGAGAGAGAGAGAGAGAGAGUAACUUUUCAGAUCGCAGUGCAGAAGUGAAAACAACUUUAAAGGAGGACUUCAAACAUGACAGCUAACGCUGCUGAGCUGUUGCUGGGGGCCGUGGACUUGCUGUGCGUGUCCAACAACACCAACCAUCGCACAGUUGAAAUCGACACUCAGCGGCUGUUGCUGCGAAGAGGACAGAGUUUCCACCUGGCUGUGGACUUCAAAGCCAGAGGUUUCCAAAAGGGUGAAGACCAGUUGUCAGUCAUUCUGGAGACAGGGCCCGAGCCCACAGUGGCUAACGGAACUCGGAUUGAAAUGGCUUCUGGAGUGAAUUCAGGCAACUGGAGCUUCAGUCUGCAGUCUGUCCCUGGCCAACUCAAUCUCACCAUCCACAGCUCAGCCAAUGCAGUGAUAGGAUACUACAAGAUGUAUCUGCUGCUCUCCUCGAAGGAGGGGCGACCCAUUCAGCGGAUCGUUGCAGGACAUUUCUACCUUCUCUUCAACCCCUGGUGUAAAGAGGAUGCUGUCUAUCUGGGUGAUCAGGAUCUGCUCCAGGAGUACGUGAUGAAUGAAAAUGGGAUGCUCUACCAAGGAUCGGUCGCUGAUAUUUACUCCUUGCCCUGGACCUUUGGACAAUUUGAGAAAGACGUCGUGGAUAUUUGCUUUAAAAUCCUGGACAACAGUCCGUCUGCUCUGAAAAGUCUGUCACAUGAUGUAGCGAAGAGGAACGAUCCUGUUUACAUAUGCAGAACAGUGUCAGCAAUGGUGAAUUCAAACGACGACAAUGGGGUGCUCUCGGGAAGAUGGGACGGGAAUUACUCUGGUGGAACCCCCCCCACUAAGUGGACAGGGAGUCACUCCAUCCUACGCAUGUGGAGCAGCUCUGGUACUCAGGCGGUUAGAUACGGCCAGUGCUGGGUGUUUGCUGCCGUCACCUGUACGGUGUUGAGAUGUUUGGGGAUACCCACUCGCUGUAUCACAAACUUUUGCUCGGCCCAUGACACUGACGGCAAUCUCCAAGUGGACCGGUACUACAGCGAAGAAACCUUGCAACCAUUGCCUUCGGAAAAGAAAGAUUCAAUAUGGAAUUAUCAUUGCUGGGUGGAAUCAUGGAUGGCUCGCCGUGACCUCAGCUCUGGCUAUGAUGGAUGGCAAGUCUUGGAUCCUACUCCGCAAGAGAAGAGCGGUGGUGUAUACUGCUGUGGCCCUUGCCCAGUCAGGGCAAUAAGAGAAGGCGACGUUGAUGUGAAGUAUGACGCUCCGUUCAUCUUUGCCGAGGUGAAUGCUGAUGUGGUUUCCUGGCUUGUGAACCGAAAUGGCUCGAAGAGCGAGGUGCAAGUCGAGCAAAACAAAGUGGGGAAGCGUAUCAGUACAAAGAGUGUCUACGAUGACCGUAGAGAGGACAUCACAAACGAGUAUAAAUACCCGGAGGGUUCUGUCAACGAAAGGAAAGUGUACACUAAAGCAGGAAUGAAGCUCAGUUCCAUCUCCUCAAACAAGGAAGUCAAGAUUACCAUUAAGUACGCUCAGCCCGUCCUGGGGUCUGACUUCGAUGUCUAUGUCAGCGUUUGUAAUCUUGGCUUUACGGACCGCGAUAUCAACUUGUACAUCUCUGCCCACACCGUGACCUACAACGGAGUCAUCUUAAGGGAAUUCAUCAAGAAGACAAAGAACUUUGAGUUGAAGGCUUUCGCAGUACAAAAAGAAGUCCUGAGGCUUCAAUACAACGACUACGGUGAACAUCUCUCCGAGCACAACGUGAUGCGACUGAUUGCCGCAGCCACGUCAAACAACAGGUCCGAAGUGACUCUGAAGAAAAGCGACAUUGCCCUGACCCUGCCCCAGCUUGCUGUGAAGGUGAUUGGUAAUCCAAUCCUGAACCGGGAACUGCUUGCCCAAAUCAAGUUCUCAAACCCCCUCCCCAUCACGUUAACCAAGGGGCUCUUCACUCUGGAAGGGACUGGGCUCACCGAUCUGCAAGAGGUUCAAUCUCCAAGUGAAGUCCUUCCGGGACAAGAGGUGAUGGUCACAGUACCCUUCACACCGACCAAGGCAGGUAUACGGAAACUGAUGGUGGAUUUCGACAGCAACAAACUGCAUGAUGUUAAGGGUUCCGCCAUCAUUAUCGUCAGACCGGCUUAAUGCAGCGUUCACCGUGGAGACUGUUGUCUAGUGAUUGUUAUUCAGUAAUUUAAUGGCUGUGAUAUUUGAUCCAAACCCAUUAUUGAUAUUUACUGUACUACUGCACAACUACCGCUAUUCUAGGGUGACAUUGCUGUCAAACUCAAUAAUAAUGAUAAUAAUAAUAAUAUACUGAUGAUAUUCCCUGCAUUUAGUACAGCGUCUAUCACACCAGGAGUACGUCUCAAAGUGCUUCACAGGAUAUUCUGUAAAAUGGUGACUGAG